GGACCCUCGCAGUGCUCUGGACUGUGCGCUUCUCUGUCUUUCUGGGGUUGGGGGGCGUGUCCCCGGCCCGGAGCAUCCUUGUGCUUGCCCCCACCUCCUGGGACUCGGGACCCUUGCCUUGAGUCCUCGACCCUGGUCUCCACCUCCUGCCUCCCUAGGUUCCGCCUGCCUAAAUCCCAACCACCUGUGCACCAGAGAAACCCAACUCCUCCUGCUCCGCGCCCCAGGGGGGGGAGAGGGGAGGUAGGGGCAGAGCCACGCCGCAGAAGGGGCCGCUACCGCCUCCUGCCUCCUCCUCCUCCACCUCCUCCUCGUCGUCUCCUCCCCCUCCCCGUUCUGACGCUGCCUCCUUGGGAAGGGUGUUUGGAGGGCAGCGGCCGCCCCAAGCCGGAGCCCCGCAGCGCUUCUUAUGAUCAGCUCGGUGUGUGUCUCCUCCUACCGCGGGCGCAAGUCGGGGAACAAGCCUCCGUCCAAAACAUGUCUGAAGGAGGAGAUGGCCAAGGGCGAGGCGUCGGAGAAGAUCAUCAUCAACGUGGGCGGCACGCGACAUGAGACCUACCGCAGCACCCUGCGCACCCUACCGGGCACCCGCCUUGCCUGGCUGGCGGAUCCCGACGGCGGGGGUCGGCCGGAGUCGGAUGGCGGCGGUGCGGGCAGCAGCGGCAGUAGCGGCGGCGGCGGGGGUUGUGAAUUCUUCUUUGAUCGGCACCCGGGUGUUUUUGCCUACGUGCUCAACUACUACCGUACGGGCAAGCUGCACUGCCCCGCCGACGUCUGUGGGCCCCUCUUCGAGGAAGAGCUCACCUUCUGGGGUAUCGAUGAAACUGAUGUGGAACCCUGCUGCUGGAUGACCUACCGGCAGCACCGCGAUGCUGAGGAGGCACUGGACAUCUUCGAGAGCCCGGACGGGGGCGGGGGUGGCGCAGGGCCCAACGACGAGGCUGGCGACGACGAGCGGGAGUUGGCCUUGCAACGCCUGGGGCCCCAUGAGGGAGGCGCUGGCCCUGGUGCUGGGUCUGGAGGCUGCCGUGGCUGGCAGCCCCGAAUGUGGGCGCUCUUCGAGGAUCCCUACUCAUCCCGGGCUGCCAGGGUGGUAGCCUUCGCCUCUCUCUUCUUCAUCCUGGUCUCCAUCACCACCUUCUGCCUGGAGACCCACGAGGCCUUCAACAUUGACCGAAAUGUCACGGAGAUCCACCGCGUAGGGAAUAUCACCAGCGUGCGCUUCCGGCGGGAGGUAGAGACCGAGCCCAUUCUCACCUACAUUGAGGGGGUGUGUGUGAUGUGGUUCACUCUAGAGUUCCUGGUUCGCAUUGUGUGCUGCCCUGACACGCUGGACUUUGUCAGGAACCUGCUCAACAUCAUCGACUUUGUGGCCAUCUUGCCCUUCUACCUGGAGGUGGGGUUGAGUGGCCUGUCAUCCAAGGCAGCUCGAGAUGUGCUGGGUUUCCUGCGUGUGGUGCGUUUUGUACGCAUCCUGCGGAUCUUUAAGCUCACACGCCAUUUUGUGGGGCUGCGAGUGCUGGGCCACACACUCCGGGCCAGCACCAAUGAGUUCCUGUUGCUUAUCAUCUUCCUGGCCCUGGGGGUGCUCAUCUUCGCCACCAUGAUCUAUUACGCUGAGCGAAUUGGGGCUAGGCCAUCUGAUCCACGGGGCAACGACCAUACCGACUUCAAGAACAUCCCCAUCGGCUUCUGGUGGGCCGUGGUCACCAUGACAACACUUGGCUAUGGGGACAUGUAUCCUAAGACAUGGUCCGGGAUGCUGGUAGGGGCGCUAUGUGCACUGGCCGGUGUGCUGACCAUUGCCAUGCCUGUACCCGUCAUAGUCAACAACUUUGGUAUGUAUUACUCUCUGGCCAUGGCCAAGCAGAAGCUACCCAAGAAGAGAAAGAAGCACGUACCUCGGCCAGCUCAGCUUGAGUCACCCAUCUACUGCAAGUCUGAGGAGACUUCGCCCCGGGACAGCACCUACAGUGACACCAGCCCCCCUGCCCGGGAAGAGGGUAUGGUUGAGAGGAAACGGGCAGACUCUAAGCAGAAUGGUGACGCUAAUGCGGUGCUCUCUGAUGAGGAGGGCGCUGGCCUCACCCAGCCCCUGGCCUCAGCCCCCACUCCUGAGGAGCGUCGGGCCCUGAGACGCUCAGGCACAAGAGACAGAAACAAGAAGGCAGCUGCCUGUUUCCUGCUCAGUGCUGGGGACUAUGCGUGUGCUGAUGGCAGUGUCCGGAAAGAAGGCAAUGUUGAACCGAAAGCGUGCGUCCCAGUGUCUCACACCUGUGCUCUUUAAACACAGAGACCUGCCAAGACGCCCUCUCGUCCAACUAUGCCCACGCUGAAGUCCUCACCCUCUCUUAAAGCGGCACCAACGCGAGAAAGACAGGCAGACAGACAGAAAGCCAGAGCCUUAGGGAAACUCUGGAACCCAGGCACGACUCUUUUGCUGGGAAAGACUCAGAUAUCCUUGUUUGCACAGGACUGGUGGAAAAAAAUCUUCCCAUGCGACUCUCGGGGCCCAGAGCCAUCUGGGCCUGACACUCUGCUCUACUGUACAUUGAAGAGACAUAUAUGCACAUAUAGUAUCUAUAUUCAUACAUAUUAUAUACUCCUGUGUGUAGUGCACGUGCUACUGGUGGUCUGUCUUCAUCGUUAGGCUACGUCUCCCAAGUCCUCUUCCCGGCCCUGUUUCCCCUCCCCUCUUCCUUCAUGGAUUGUUUCUUCUGACCGUGUUGUAUGGAAUGUCCCAGCAAAAGUGCACCUGGGA